GGUUACGGCGAAAUAGCCCGAGUCGCACCUUUUGAAUCCUGUCGCUUGCCAACAUGGCGCAAAACUCGCAAUCUGGAAAGUCUAAAUGGGGGGUGGGCUCUUUUUUUCCAGCAAGCAGUGGCUGGUGUCGAGUCGCGGCUAGAUAACAUUCUUUUGGAUCAAGAGGAUCAACCGUCGAAACCUGCCAAUACAACAGCGAAGACGGAGGAGAAGGAGAAGGAGACCAAUGGUCCGUCGGUAUCGAAAUCUCCUGCUGGCUCAAUUUCUCGCAGCUCGUCUACUGCACAUCGAAAUGACCGCUUGCAGGAGCGCCUAGCGCGCGCGAUGGCCAACAAAUCGAGCCAUGCAAGUCGGAAUUCCCAAUCUUCCCCAAACCGAUCACUAGCUGCCAGUCCAGCACCCAGCAACGGUGCGCGAUCUAGCAUGGAUGUCGAAGUGAACGCUUCGUCCGUCGCGGAGGGAUCAGAUGCCGCUGACGAAGCGUCUCUACCUAGAGCCAGCUCUGAUUCGAAUGCACCGAUACGAAAAUCAAUCGAUGGAAGCGCCGUGGAAUCGUCACCUAGAGCUUCGGGUGACGUCGCCGAGCGUCCUUCGGAGUUCCAUAGAAACAGCCAGGAACGAACAGAUAUACAGCCGCCCGAAAAUUCUCUCACUCGACCAUCAGUUGACAGUCCGCGAAUUAGUGUGGACUUCCCUCCGGACUCUAUGACAGAUGAGGAGAAAACUGUCGAAGCUCAGCGACAGGAAGAAAUACACGGUUAUAUUGAACGAAUUGAUGCCCUACAGUCUAAACUCCAAUACCUCGCUAAAGAGGCAGCUGAAUCGGCCAAGAGCGCAGCUGCUGAUGCUGCGCCUGGAAGCACCAAAAGACAAUUGCUCGAAAAGGAUGAGAAGAUUGCGUUGCUCCUUGAAGAAGGACAGAAGCUGUCAAAAUCAGAGAUGGAUCAUCGUAUGGUGAUUAAGAAACUGCGUCAGCAGCUUGCCGAAAAUUUCAAGAUUCAAACGGAGUUGAAAAAGAAAGCAGACAAGUCCGAACGAGAUGCAGUCAGCGCAGAAGCCCGAGCCCAACGUGCCGAGGCAGCGGAGAAGAGAGCAAUGGAGUCUCUUUCAUCUCAGACUAAAACGAAUAAGGAUCUCGAUGCGGUUACGAACGAACGGAAUGCGCUGAGCCAAACGGUGCAAGAGAUGAAAGCACAGCUCAGUCGAGCCCUUGCUCGUGCAGAAUCUGCCGAAGCAAAGGCCAACUCUGAGGCUUUAGAUCAAGAGAAGCGCAAGGCAAGCGAGCUUGAAGAGGAGCUUACAAAUCUUAAAAUUGAACGUGAUAUCAGCAACGGAAAGAUGAAAAAGGAAAUCAGCGAGCUGCAGGAAAAAGUCGAUCAGGAGAAGGAGCGGGCACGUAUGCUGGAGAUCGAGUUGAAGGGCGAGCAAUCUGUCCUGGAGAGCAAAAUGGAAAGUCUCCGAUCUCGGGCUGAAGAAGCUUCCUCUGGAGCGACGGGUGAAACGCAAGCCAAGCUCCUCCGACAGAUCGAAACCUUGCAGACGCAGUACUCUGUUGCCAGUGAGAAUUGGCAUACGCUUGAGGGAUCUCUAUUAGCUCGGCUGGCAAGUGUGGAGAAAGAGCGGGAUGAUUUGAGCAAGAAAGAAGCGGAACUACGAAAGAAGAUUCGGGAACUGAUUGAGCAGAAUACGAAGGUUAAGAAGCUCGAAGAGGAAGUGGAGAGUGCGAAUGAUGCUGAGCACGACCUUGAGAAUAGACUUCAGGAGCGCAUCCAGGACCUGCAAAAAUUACAGCAAAAACUGGACAAAGCAAAUGACGAGCUCAGUGAGUCUCAAAGAGAGCUCGGCGAGCAAAAGAAGAGCAUCGAAGCCACUUGGACACAGAGACUGGAAGAAGAACGCUCUAAAUGGCGAGACCAAGUCAGCAGCCUCCAACCAACCCGAGGUGUAUCUCCUGUUCAAUCCCUUCGCCGAUCGAGCAACCUCGAUCCUAUGCCAUCCACAUUGUCGGACUCUCGGCCGUCUAGCCGGAGAUCAUCAGCUUUCCCCUUUGCUUCCCCAGAUAUUGGCACACCACCCCGUCAAAACUCAUACCCAACCUCUCUCGCCCAUGAGGCCCUUUCUCCGCCACCUCUCAACACCACAGGCCCAUCCAUGAUUAUGGAGACUCCCGAGAUCAACUUUGAACCAGAUGAGUUCUUCUCAGGCACACCAGCUACUCCGUCCGCGUAUGGCGGUACCCAAGCUGCUCCCGCACGUGGCAUCAACGAUAUAAUCUCCGAAUCGACCGUAGGUGCGGGCCCAUCCGUCCAGCUAGUGGAGCGAAUGAGCGCUACCGUACGUCGCCUCGAGAGCGAGCGUGCUGGCUCCAAGGAUGAGCUCAUGCGUGUCACAGCCCAACGUGACGAAUCUCGGCAACAAGUAGUCGAUCUUAUGCGUGAGCUGGAAGAGAAGAGGAGUUCCGACGCGCGUGUCCAGGAGCUCGAAAAUCAGCUUAAGGAUAUCGACCAGCGAUACCAAACUACACUUGAAAUGCUCGGUGAAAAGAGUGAGCAGGUGGAAGAGCUCCAGGCUGAUAUUGCUGACCUGAAGAAGAUCUACCGCGAAUUGGUUGAUAGCACCAUGAAAUAA